AUCGAAUGCAACCUUUUAUUUCCACUCAUUACUGUCCAUCCUCAAUCCUUGAUCACUCGUUCUGCUUGGCAUACUAGGAUUUGCAGGUUCAUAUACCAGUACAUCUGACAAAUGCCUCUUUGAUUCUUACUAGAAGCUCGACGAAAAACAGCCCACGAGAGAGACAAAGAAUCGCCAUGCCGACUCCAAUCGUGGAUUCUCACAUCCACCUCUUCCCAGCCUCUCAUUUACCAACACUAGCCUGGUACAGCCCCGAUAGUCCCUUGGGUUCACAGCACAGCGUCGACGAAUACCGACACGCGUCAUCUUCCCUUUCUACUGAAAGCGACACUCCCAACUCAAAAUACCUACGUGGUUUCAUCUUCCUUGAGACGGAUCGCGUUUCAUCCGUGACAGAUGAUCAGCCAGGUAGCCCUGGGUGGACGCAUGCGCUCGACGAGGUGUCCUACUUGACACGCAUUGCGCUGGGGGAGCCGGUGGCUGGAGAAGGUCAUGACGCAACCCAAAAGGAUCUCUGCCUGGUAAUUGUCCCCUGGGCACCAGUUCCAGGUGGUCCGGAGGCCUUGUCCUCGUAUAUGACCAAGGUUAAGGAGCGAACGAAAACGGAGCAAGUCUGGCGCAAGGUGCGCGGAGUGAGAUACCUGGUACAGGAUAAGCCAGCUGGAGUGAUGCUUCAGCCACAAUUUGUGGAGGGAUUGCGCUGGCUAGGCCAGCAGGGAUUCGCAUUUGAUCUCGGGGUAGAUGCCAGACAAGGCGGACUGCAUCAAUUACGAGAAGCAGUGGAGAUGAUUGAUAGGUUGGGAGAUGCCAAUGCGGGAGCAAUCAUUAUAAAUCAUCUUUGCAAGCCUAACCUACGACUUUCGCUCGACGCAGUUUCUUCUCACCCAGAAUUCCUAGAGUGGAAGGAACUGAUUACGAAAAUGGCUCAGGCGAGCUCAAAAACGUAUAUGAAGCUGUCGGGCGCAUUUUCAGAGCUUCCUCCACUUGGUUCUAAUGUCGAGCCUGAUAUUCCUAAUCUUGUCGAUCUUCUUCAACCCUGGACGGAUGUGGUCUUCGAAGCUUUUGGAGCUACGCGGGUGAUGUUCGGCUCGGAUUGGCCUGUGUGCAAUAUUGGUGGCGGAGGUAAUAAUAUUGCAUGGAAUCGGUGGAUAAGGAUAGUCGAAGCAGUUCUGGAGAGACGAGGAUUGACCGAGAGGCAGAAGCAGGGUGUUUGGGGUCAAGUCGCGUUGGAGGCAUACGGUAUUAGUAUCUGAACCCUCUCGGGACAUUGCUGACCCGAAGUGCCGGAGGACCGACCGUAGCAAAAUGAAACUGAAGGGUUAUUGUUGCAGUGUCUCUUUUGUGCAUAACCUUUGUUUUAAUAUAAAACCAAGAUUUUCAGAGAAACCAGCCAUCUUCAAUCGAUCAUGGGGGCGUGCAUGAU